AUGAGAACUUCGCCAAGAAUGAUGCGAUCCAGUGGUUAUAAGUCGGAAACGAAACAUAUCAUUCAGCGACAACGAGUGAUACGAUCAUUUUUAAAUAAGCCUGAUGAAAUUGAUUUUCAACCGUCACCUCGGAAACCGAUUGUAGUCGACACUCAACCAACAUUUUUGUCAAUAACAUCUAUUUCACCAUCAUCUUCGAAUUCUCAACCAUUAGUUUCCGAGUUAAAUGAUCAAUCCACGAACAGUAGCAAUCGCCAACUAAAACUUGAUCGCCAUUCUCCUCUGUUGCUUCGUCGUCAUCGUCCAACACUCGAAAGUCUUUCUCAGAGUCAACCACCGUCAGAUACUCUCAAUAUGUCGUCAAAUCAAUUAUCAAUUCCAACAAACUUCACAUUUAGAAAUCGGGCAACGCCUCUGAUCGUUUCCGAUCAACGCUCACCCUAUCGAAUUAAAGACCGUAUCCGUUCUCCACGUAUUCCAACAUUGAAAUAUACCAAACUAUCGAAUGAGAUGAAACAAAAUCAAUUCAAAUCUAAAUCAACGUAUCAAAACAGAUCUCCUCUGAUUCCGAUAUGGACAGCAACAUCAGGAGAACAAGAAACGACACAGAGCCGAACUCGAACGGAUGUCAUACGAACACGACCAUCUAAGCUACAGCAAUCUCUACAAAUAGGUCCAUAUCUAAAGCCAAAUGAUAUCCAAGAGUUGUACAUAUCACCGCGAGUGCUUAGUAGCUCACCACAAGAUCUGGAGAGGAAUACGACUACGAUGGAGAAGAAAGAACUUAUCAUCGACGAGUGGGAAGACAUUCGAUCGACUACAGAUGGCGUCUCAGAUGAAGAUGAAUCGAUAAACAAUAAUGGUAAUAGUUCAACAUCGACAUGCUACUCUCAGACACUCAUCGAAGAAUCUUUUGACAAAUCAUCAAUGUCAACUCUUGAGGAUUCUCCUCCGAAAACUCAACGUUCGUCGAUAAAACGAAGAAUACCUCGGCGACGUCCAUUCAACAUCCCGUUACCACCGGUUGUCGAAAAUGUCGACGAAGAAAUAGAUCUAAUGAAAAUUCUCGAAAAAAUAUCUGCUCUUCAGAAGAAACCUUUCGACGAAGCAUUGGCAGAUGAAGAUAGUUUAACAUUGCAAUUAUUGAAUCAAAAGGAAACUAAAUUCGAAAAAAAAUUAUCCCAAUUAAGAAAAUAUCCAUCCAGACAAAAUUAA